AUGGCUGAAGUCCCAAAGCCCUGGCCACCACGAUGUCCACAACCUUUGGAGGCCGUGCAGGAGCUGUUGAUCGACUAUUUGUCAUCCGGUCAAGGUUACGACGACGAAAGUGUCGCCGCGGCGGUGUCCGAGGGGAAUGAGUUCUUUCAACGAAAGGACUUUAGUCGUGCAUGUGCUUCCUUCGGCAUUGCCUACGAGAUUGGUCGGCAUCACUACGUCUACCGGCCCUUGCUACAUGAUCUACUUCUUCGUCGCAUUUUGUGCCACUCGCUGCUGGGGCACUUCGAUGCUGCCCUGCAGGAGAUUGAAAAGGCCUUUUGGCUCAUCCCGCACCAGGCCACUGCACAUGUGAUCGCUGGCGUGGUCUACUCGAAGCUGGGUAUGGUGACAGAAGCCAACGCGGCAUUCCAGCAGGCCGUGGCCAUCCAGCGAGACUUGAAGGAUUUCGUGGACUCUAUGGUGGCCUUCUUUUGGCUUCAACAUUCGCAUGCAGAUCGCGCCAUCCGAAUCUGCAGCCAGGUUCUUCAACGGAGCCCAAAGUGCCCGUUUGCCUUGCUGAUACGUGGAGAUGCCUACAAGUUUGGCCUUGCAAACACGCAAGCCAGCCGUCGCAACGCAGCAGCCGACUAUGCGGAUUUGCUGGAGCUGGACCUGGGCUAUCAGGUGCUCAUUGGAAGGCAGGUGGCAAAUCCAAGUCGCCACACCCAUGCGGAUGAGUUGUUAUUGAGUUUUCAUCCCACGCUGCAGAUGCAGGCGCCCAAAGCCUACCAUCAAUACGCCCUCUGCAGGCGGAAGGAUCCCUUCCUGGUGGCCACUUUGGUAGUUCUGGCAGUCUGUAAACUUCGUCUCCUGCUGAGUUCAGGACAGGUGGUCCGAAAGGUGCAAGAGGCUUACGAAGAGCUGUUGGAACAACGUGCGGAGCUUCAACGCAAGGUGCAUUUUCUCUUGCAGUCGCAACGUCAAAGCAUCGCCUCUCCGUUAGCCAACCAGGUAUACGGACCGAUUGAUCCAGAAAACCCCCACUGCCGCCGCUACAGGCGAUAUUGGAUGGAGCAGCCACCAAGAACCAAGCCACAGGAACCGGUGAAAGAUGCCGGGCCUCCCCCUCCUCCUUCCCUGCGGCGCCAGCAAGCGCUGCUUCUGGCACAGCAGGAUGCAGAGGCGGAGUAUCCCAGACCUCAGCAGCAGCGGCCGCAAGUGGGGCUCAGAGUUGACAGAAGGCCAGCAGACUUCAUCGAACAGCCUCAGGUUCAACAAGCGCCUCAACCAGCACCAGCCGUAGCUGUGCGUGUGCAAAGACCCGUGGACGAGACGAGGGAAAGCCAGUUCCGGCGCGGCGAGGGUGCCGGUCCAAGUGUCUUCUUCGCAGAAGGACCUGGGCCGGAGCAGCCGGCUGCGGCUGCGAUGGCAGAUCACGGUCCAUGGCAGGUGCAAGGCAAGGCUCCAAAGGCUUCCGGCUGGACUCAGUCAGAGAAGGUUGAACCACUGGCGGACCCCUUUGAAUCCACGGAGAUCUCCAUGCGCGGCAGCCUGUCGUGA